AGAAUAAAGACGAGUUGCUCAUUUCAGAAGGCCGUUGCCACGCCUCUUCGCCCGCGGAGGUAUAUAUAGCAGAGGGGACUCCAGGCUCCACAAUCUGGUGAUAGCCUUCGCUAUAGACCAAUCCUCUUCAAGCAAUAUGUUCAAGCAGCUCUUCCACAUCCUCCUGCUGAUCGCGGUGGCUCUGGUCGCCUCCUCCUCGGCCAGGGAGUACCCUCCAGGCAUCAGCCCCGCGCUCUGCCCGGACUACCCCUUCUGCGACAACCGCCUCAUCGCCCUCCACUCCCCGGUGCCAUACACAGCUCCAGGCUUCCCCGCCAACGUCAACCCCGCCGGCUGUCCCAACUACCCCUACUGCAACUGAGUGUUAUGUCUUCCAUUAAUUGUUAAAUAAAAUCAUUUUUUUUAAAAACAGAAUUUAAU